AAUCAAUUUAUUUUGAUUAUCUUCUUGGCUAUAUGCUUGAAUGUCAGGCUCGCCACCUGUAUUAUAUGUAGGAAUUUACGGUCGAUUCAUCUAGUUCCUAAAUUUUAGCCAGGGUGUUCGCUCUGGAAGUGUACAAAGUUUUUGUAUACUGAUGAAAAUGUUCAUAUUAGCAUCAUGGUUGUAGUCAUAAAGGCAAAGGACAUUUGUUUGGGUGUGUUCAACUUAUGUAAUUGAAACGGACGUAAGAAAAGGGAUGGGGUUGGAUAAUGGACUAAUCCAUUUUAUGGUGGCUCUUUUUGUUGUGGCAAUAUCGGAUAGUGGUCAUUCAAUUUAAUUAGCAAUUUUGUUGUCUUUAGAGUACCAGGGGCUUAGUUUUCACUCUGUUAUGGAAAUGUCACAUACGGUAGUUCAAGCUGGUUUGAUUUUCCAACUACGUGCGAAUAACUAAACUUGUAAUUGUACCAUGACAGAGUAAGGAUAAGGAAAGCCCCAGCGGAGUGAGAGCUAAAUCCUAACCGGAAAAGUGCUCUUGAACUAUCGAUGAGGGCGUUCAUAAGUAAACGAGAUGGCAAUGUAGUCAACCCAGCAGUCGGCACUUCAUUUGAUUCACUGGAUGAGGCGUAUCAAUUCUACAAUUUGUAUUCGUGGCAGGUUGGAUUUGGCAUAAGGUAUUCGAAAAGCAGGCUAAAUAUGGAGAGGGUGAAGUGCAUGCAGGAGAUUGUAUGUGGAUGCGCGGGUAAACCGGAGAGGGAGAAUACAAGAUCAACUAGGUGCGGCUGUGCUGCCAGGAUUAGGCUACUGAGGUCGGAUGACAAUGGAUGGUAUAUUUCAGAACACAGGCCUCUUCACAACCACUCUCUCUCAAGUACUUGCGGCGAGAAAAUGCACUGGCCUUCACACAGGCUCAUUGAUCGCUACACUAAAGAUCUUAUUAGGCAGCUGAGAGAAAACAAUAUUAGCCUUGGAAAAGUUUUUGGCAUAGUUGGUAGUUUUUUUGGAUCAGUUGACAAUGUGCCAUUUACAAAAAGGUCAUUGAAGACGUUGUGCUGCAAGCUGAACAAAGAACAGUCUGAUUCAGAUGCCCGGAAGACAAUGGACAUAUUUGCAGAGAUGAAGGCAAACGAUCCAGAAUUCAAUUAUACUGUCCAAGUUGAUGAUGAGAGCAGAAUGAAAACACUUGUGUGGGUUAACGGGCGCAGUGUAGAACAGUACAGGUGUUUCGGAGAUGUUGUGACAUUUGAUACAACAUACAGGCACUAAUUGCGUGAAA